AAUAUGGCUUAUCAACCUUUAAUACCAAACGAGAACCCUCAAAGAGCACCGGAGAGUGACGAAGAGGUAGAGGGGGCUGCAGCGAAUGUCCCCGCUCCCAGACUCAACGCAGGCUUCCUCCGAGUGAAUGUACCCCCGCCCGAGACGACCCAGCCCCCCAAACAACAACCCCCAGCUCAAUCCCAUCCUGUAGCACAAUCAGGCGCUGCUCCCAAUACCAACCAGGCUCCAGGCGUUCAACCGGUAGCGGCUCCCAUGCCGGGAUACCAGUACGUGCAAGUUCCAGUAUAUAACGUGUGGACAGAUCCCAAUGUGGUCGGUCAGCUGGCAGUGGUGGUUGAGAGAGCGAACCUUGUGAAGAACUAUGGACUGACGAACAUGAAUCCCUACUGCAGAAUGAGAGUGGGCCAUAACAUGUCCAACACUAGGAUAGCGGAAGGUGCCGGCAAGAAGCCAGCGUGGAACCAGCGACUGGCUCUUCCGCUCACAAAGGGAAUUGACAUGAUCUAUAUGGAGGUGUUCGACUCUUGCGUCCUCUCUUCAGAUCAGAUGGUGGCUUGGGCUUGCAUCCCUAUCUCAGAAGAGUUGAUUUUGACAGGUGGAGACAAUGGUUCCAAAUCACAUACGCUGUCGGGAAAACAAGGAGCAGACCUGGAGGGAACCAUACAAAUUCGCAUGUCACUAACUUUGUCGAAGGACAUGGCCAAAAUGGGAGCAAACCAGCCACCUUUUACGAUGAUGAUGCCUCCAGUUGGUAUGUACCCCGCACCUUAUGGCCCAUACGGAUGUCCUCCGAUGUACCCUCCUUACGCUGCUACUCCCCACUUGGCGAUGAAUCAGUACUCAUAUGCGAUGCCUGCAAACACAAAUGUACACAUACAACGCACUAACUAUCCUCAGAAUCCUUCAUUAAACCAACAGCCGCAGCGGUUUCAACCCAUGCCACUAGAAGUGAGCGAAGCGGAUGUGAUUUCUCUGAAGGAAACAUUUCCAGAAAUGGACCGUGAAGUAAUCAAAGGGGUGCUAGAAAAUGCGGGCGGGAACAGAGACAGGGCCGCAGACCUGUUGCUGCAAAUGGGCUAACAUGGAAUGCAAUUUUGAGAUCAUAUCACAAAUUAUGAGCCGUUUUCGGAAAGCUGAACAGAAUUGGACUGGGGACUUGAGUUUAUCUUGCAGUUGAACUAUUAAUCGGAUACUUCGUGCACGAUAAAUUAAGAAAAAUGAUCUAUCAACCAAUAACAAGAAGUCUUAGGUUAGCUUCACCAUGUCUAUGUAAGAUGAGUUCUCCAAAAGGGUGUUUAUGUUUGAGCAGGUUUAUGUUUUGUCUAAAGAUUUUGCCGGUGUCUUGGUCUAAAAAGCCUUUAUAAGACCUGGUCGACAGCUUUAAUUCCAUCUGAUUUUGACUCGUGACUGUUUUAUUUGUUUCCGCUAUAGUUUUAGAUCAAAAUGUAAAUAAAUAACCCGCUCAGUAGCAUUUUAUGCAAAUGUCGUUUAAAAAUUCUAUUUUAUCCAAAUUUUGUUUAAAUUAAA